UGUCCUUUUAAAUGUCAGGUUGCUUGUACAGGUUAAGAGAUUUUAUUUAUUAUUUAAUAAAGUGUGUUAUCCGCCUGACAAAACGUCACUGCUAUACUUUGACAGAAAAAAAACUGAAAAGCAUCUAACUGCACAAACAGACCACACCCUCUAAAGUUUCUGGAACAAGAUUCAAACUGAUUUUAUAUUUCAGGAAAAGUUUUAUUGCACUGUAGGACACUAAGUUGCACAGAGUACGCCUAAAGUAGCAGGACAAGAGUUGGCAUGGAAAUCUUACCAUUUGAGGAGGUGGAGCGUGUUGCUGGUGCCAAAAUACAGCUGCAGCAACAGUAUGGCUAUAACAACAUCAUCUCUACACCUCUACAAGGUUUCUCAGAAGACUCCAGUGAUGAGGAUGACUACAUGGCACCACUGGCACCUAAAAGUGAGGAAGGCUCUGUGUGCUGUGUUUGUGGAGAAAACAUCCCUUUACUGAAUAAACUGAUUGAGCACUUUAAGACACACACAGCCGAGGUGUAUUGCCACCUGUGUCGGACAAAGUUUGGACGUGUGAUGUCGCUGGCGUUACACUUAAAAAAUGCCCAUCCAAGAAAAAGCUUCAUGUGUGGAAUCUGCAGAGCUCUCUUUAGGUGCACGUGGCAUCUGAAUGGACAUAUGGAAAAGCAUCGGAAAGACUCAAUGGACGUAAAACCUGUGGUUAAAAUGGAACAGACUGAAGAAAUCAUCAACAAAGAGAACAUAAGAUACACUGAUAUGAGAAAAAUAAUCUUGAGGGAUCAUUCAUAUUGUGUCUCAGAUCAAGCAGCUACAAAUGACACUUGCAAGAAGCGCUUCGACAAUGAUACAAACUCCACAAAUCAAGUGCCACACAUCAAAACAGAAACCGAAAGAUUGCCUAUUAUUGAUAAACAAAACGAUACUUGCAGCUCGAGUCAAUCAGAGCAAGAGCAUCUAAGCUUAAGAUUGAAGGAAGAGAAUGAGGAUGAGAAUGGGCUCGGAGAAACUGCGGUUUGUGAGGUGGCUGCAGAGGAGGAAAUCGGACUGAUGGAGGAUGAUCAAAGUACCGACACUGAUGACGAUGUCAACCCUGACUCACUACCCCCUGGUGACACGGCGUACAACCCGGAUGAGGACUUCAGCUCAGAACCUGACGACAGUGACUCAAGAAGCAGCUCCUGUGGCCGCCACCGAAAGAAAAAGAGACGAAAGAAACAGACGCCUGACAGUAAAAGACCUGCAAAUAAGAAUCUUGAGUCAGUUGACAUUGCACAGAAAUUUGGGUUUCAGUCUGAUUCUCCGUUUUGCUGCUAUGGCAAAUUCGCUAAUUUGGGGAAGCACAUGGACGAUUGUAGGAACAAACUGAGGUUUGCUUGUUGCCUGUGCAACAUGGUAUGUGAGAAUAAAGAGUUGCUGCUGAAGCACACGACCGAAAAACACUCCGCGGCUGGGUAUAUCUGUGCACACUGCCACAGUGUUUUCCCUAGACUGGACAGUUUCAAAAACCAUGUCUGUUUGAGACGAACAACAGGCGGCAUGAAUUUGCCAGCCACCCUGGUAACCCAGUUACCUGUCGUGCCUUUAUCCGACAGCAGUGGUCAAGUAAGACCUUCUGCCCCUGCUUUUUACACCAAUCAAAACUCCAUUAAAAUGAUCAAAAUAGCUCAGACAGCAAAUGAAAUUUCCCCAGCCCCUGAUCCUCCACCUUUGAUGCUGCAGCAUUUGCUUCAGACAACUCCUUUGGUUCCUGCAAAGGUGACUAAUUUGCUUUCACAAGUUGUGGCUGUGCCGCAAACUCUUAUCAGGCCCCAUUUCCCUCAAAUUUCUUGCAUCACUCGUCCGAAAGUUCCUGUCCAUGUACCUCCGGUAGUGCGUCCCUUGAUGCCAAAUCUGGCCAGGAUGACUCUUCGUAUCCCUAACCCUUCCAACCCACCUUUUCCAAGUCAAGUCAUCGUAUCCUUCUCACCCACAGUGAACGUCUCAGCACCCUGUCUAGUAUCAGCCAACAGGCCUGUUCUGAGACAAGCGUCUCUGGCUAAUAUUAGACCCCUACCUGUAAACGUCCCACUGAUGACCACAGUCACUUGUCCCACCCUGGUCAGUGCUUUUACUGAACACAAGCAGCCACAGGUCCCUCCUGCCCAGGUUCAGGCUCCGUUACAAGUAGUUGCCAUGUUUGUGAACCAAAGCAAGGAUUUGGCUCUACAGAAGCCUCUUGAGCAGAGCUGGCGCUCCAAGACCAUCUUCCCCUGCCGUCACUGUGGUGCUGUCUCAAGACAGCCGUCGCUGAAGGUGCGUCACCGCUACUUACACCGUGGGUCAAGGUUGUACAGAUGUCAGUGCGGAAGGUCGUUCCAAAGGCAGCUGCAUUUGCUGAGACACCAGGUCCAGCAUGCAGAGUCAGUCCGAUUUGUUUGUGCACGGUGCGGAAAUACAUUCGAAGGGGCGCAUAAAUUGACCUGGCACAAACGGAAGCAUAGAAAUGGCAGGCAGUGUGUGAAGAAGAAAUGCAAGGCGGCUUUUGACUGUAGCUGUGGACAGAUGUUUACGAGGCCAUCUGCACUAUUGUGGCAUAUGCUUAAAAACUCGAAACUUUCAAAACGCACUCGAAAAAACUCACAAUCUGCCUCUGUUUGAAUGGUUUGUGUAAAUGAGACACACAUAAGAUUGAAAACUCACCUUUCAGUCAACUGCAAAUUGUGUUUUUCUUUGGCCCUAAUUGAUCAUUCUGUAUUAUUAUGUGGUCAAAAAUGGUGUAUCUGAUUUUUUAUUUUUAAAUAUUUUUUUAGUGAACUGAAGACUUUGAAAUCGAAACACUGAAGUCCAAAUCCAUAAUAGCACAAAUAGUAACACUUUAACCCUAAAGAUAAGUUUUGUAUCAGAAGAAAUGUGAUGUGAGCACUGGUACAAUUUUAUACAUAAUUUUUUUCUGUCAUAAGAUGGAUGUGACUACUGAAAGAAUGCUUAGUGAGAGUAUUUUAAUCAAGCUCUCAUUUAUUAAUGACCAAAAAAAACACUUUUUUUUUUCAUUUUUAUAGGGGUUUUGUGUUGUAAGGCAAUGAUUCAUUCUAACCCAUUUGUAAUAAAAAAUUGUACAUAAAUACACAGAGAAGUGUUCUGUAUAUUUUUUUAAACUGUUCUCGUCAUCAUGUAGUUGGGAAAACACAAAAUUAUGUUAACAUGAGAUGGCUUUAUUAAAAUGUGCAAAAAUAAUGCUGUAAACGUUUUUCCGUCAUUUUCUCCUGGCAUUUUUUAUGUAUAUUUCACAAUACAACAUGCAAAACUGUAUUCCUGAUCAACUUAUCUUGAUUCUAAAGCGAUAAAAAGAUUCUGGUUUGCUUCACUAUGCUCCUGAAUAAGCAGCAACAGUUAAUGAUUGGUGAAAUAAUGAGUCAUGUGCCAUUCAUAUGCUUCCCUCAUACCAGCAGUUUCAAAUAUGUAAAGACAGCAGCAAAACCAAGGCAAAGUCCCUGUUUGUUUAUCAAAAAGAGCUACAUACAACAGACCUAACCUCUUUUCUUAUUCCCAUUGCCCUCAUAUAACCAUUCUGUAUACACAUCUAGGUAAUGAGUCUGUUUUAAAAAUUAUUCAUCACAAACGAUACAGGACAAGCACAGUCUUAACAGGAAUGAUGGCCAAACAUGCAACAUACUUUUGUCCACCAGGAGGAGAUACCAGAGAGGACUGACAGCCUCUGUCUUAAUGAACUUAAAUACAGGCUUGAGCAAUAAAGAUUUUUCCGUUACACCAGUAUUCUGAGGACCAUGCUACGCAAAACCUUUUCAUGGUGUAAUUAGAGCCGCCACAUGCCGUCAUUCAACAGAUGCCCUGUCAGGUUAAAGGGCUGAUGGAAAUUCAAGUCAUUCCCAGAUUUUUUUAUUGGGGUGCUUUGGGUGCAGGUGGUUCUGCCUCAAUUAAGGUUGUUCUAAAAAUAUCAGUGUACAAGGGCAAUAGUCUGUGAGGAAGUCUGGCUUAUCCUUGACACCUAACAACAGUUUAUCUGACUUCCCUUUGAAAAAGUUGCCAGCAAGUUACAGAGACCUUCAUCGAUGUGUCGUUACCAGGUUGUACGCACAUAACUGAAAAAUAGUGUAUCAAAUUAGAGUAAUAAAGUUAUAAAAUUGCUCAGCAUGAUUCAUAAUUCCCAAUUCUGAGAUGAACUGAUCAGAUAACUGAUUAAGACUAACUUCCCCAGUCUCACCUAGAAACAGGAACUAUAGAAAGACUGAUCUUUUUUUUUUCACAUUUUUUCAGUUUCACGUUUCUUCUGUGACUUUCACACUGAGGCCUGUGUGAUUGGGUUACAAGUAAUCUAAAUUUGUUCCUUAGUGUAAAACCAGAAUCUCCAUCUCAUAGUUUCGGUAUCAAUCAUAAACUGAAACUCAAAAUCAGAAGUCAAAAUAACCUUUUCCCAAGUUCAUGUUUGUAGCAUUGAGGAAGCGUUCAUAAAUACAAACGACAGAAUGUCUGUUCAAAAUAAAACGUUGUCUGCUAUGGUUGUUGCUGCUCUUAAUCCUUUUGAAGUUCAUCAUAAAGUUCCUCCAUCAGUUCAAGAUGCUUGAUUGAAGAACACUAUAUUAGCCUUCAGUAG